AACAUUUAUUCGCUUUCACACCAGUAAUAAAGGUACCGAAAAACUGUCAACGGAACGGAAAAUACUGUAACGGAGCUGACCGCUAUCAUCAUCAUAGGAAAAGGUAAAACUGGGAAAUGGGCUAACUGAAACCUGUGGGACGGGCCCAUGCGAACGCAGGCCGGACCGUACUGCUAGGCGGGCCGCCAACUUGGGCCAAACAAACAAGGGCCUAGCUGGUCCAAACCAAGCGACAACGUGGCAAUCCAAGCGCCAGCUCAGCACACACGUCGUCUUCUCGUUUAAACAGAAAAGAAACGAAGGUCAACAUUAUAUACGGUUCGUUACUAAGUUCACGGUCUCACAAGUCACAAAAGUCCCUUCCUUCCACCACCACCACCAUGUCGUCGUCAAAUGGCACGACGACAUACUUGCCGGGAGGAGAGGCGGCCGGCGGCGGCGGCGGCGGCAACUCCGGAUGCUGCAGCACCACGACGUUGUUCGGCGCGUUGGCCGCGUCGUUCGCCCUGAGCUUCUUCCUCAUCACCAUCUUCAUCUGCCUUCGAGCACUCCGCGUUGCUCGUCGCCGGCGUGAUCGUCCCCUGGUCAUGGAGCAGGAGCAGCGGCGGCCGACGCCGCCUAGGUUCGGCCUAGACGCCGCCGCCAUCGCGCGCCUCCCGUCGUUCCCGUACGUGCGAGCCCGUGACGACGGCGAGGUCUCGGACUCGGCGUCGUCGUCGUCGGUGGAGUGCGCGGUGUGCCUCAGCGCCGUCGACGAGGGGGAGACGGUGAGGCAGCUCCCGGCGUGCGGGCACGUGUUCCACCGGGAGUGCAUCGACAUGUGGCUCUCGUCCCGCGCCUCGUGCCCGGUGUGCCGCGGGAAGGCCGCGCCGGCCGACGAGCUCGCCGACGCCAUAGUCGCGCGCAUAGCGGUGACGCCCGACCUCGUCGGGCCACGCGUGUCUAUGUCCGUCGUCGUGCCGGUUGAGAUGCUGAAGGGUGAAAUGGUGGGCGCGUCGUCAACGUCGCGUGCCGCGUCGGCGCCGCCAGAGCAGCUCGAUGCGCGAGCGCCUGGCCCGGAAACGGACUUGGAGAGUAAAUAGCAGUCGUUUUCCGAUAUUCAGAUUGAGAUUCGAUCCAGUAGGACUCUAGCUAGGAGGUGAUCGACACGGCAGCACGUAUGUACAUUUACACACAAAAAAAAGAAAGAAAGAAAAAGCAUCCUAACGUGCGGUUAAAA